GUGUGUGUGUGUGUGUGUGUGUGUGUGUGUGUGUCUUGUGUGUGCGGGGAGGGUGAGGAGUUGAAAGCGCCGUCCAACACGUGAGGCUCAUGUGACGGUGUCGAGUCUCUCGCUGAGAGACGUGCCUGCAGUCACAGGGUUUAUUUAACACGUAGUCACAAACCCACCCAGCUCUCACACAUCGAGCCGGGCGUGGAGCCUUCCCCAGACAUAUUACUGAGUCCGGACCUCAGGGUGACAACAGCGCGCCGCGUAACUCUCAGCGGGAACACACUGUCUCUCUCUUUCUCUCACACACGCACUGGAUAACAGGAGCUACUUUUUUUUUUCUUUGCUUUGUUUUUUUUUUUUUUUUUGCUUCUUCUUCUUCUCUCUGUGCGACUUGUUCCUCGUGUUUGGAGAGCGACCGCAGAGACGCGUUUGGACGUUUUGAAGUCAUUUCUUCGGGUUUGACAGUGAAGCGGACAUGGAGAGGAUUACGAGUGCGCAACCACCUCCCUGUGUGCCAAAACACCCAGCUCUGGAUAUAGCUGACAUGCAAGGAAUGGAUUUUCCGAUUUAUGUCUACAAACCCAGGAGGGGCAUGAAGCGUGGGGUCGGGGAUGAGAGCAAGGAGACUUACAAGCUGCCACAUCGCCUGAUCGAAAAGAAGAGACGUGACAGAAUCAACGAAUGCAUUGCCCAGCUGAAAGAUUUGCUGCCCGAACAUCUUAAGCUUACAACGCUGGGUCAUUUGGAGAAAGCCGUGGUGCUGGAACUCACUCUCAAGCAUGUGAAGGCCCUGAGCACCCUCCUGGAGCAGCAGCAGCAGAAGAUUAUCGCGCUUCAGAAGGACCUGCAAAUUAGUGAUCACGGAGGUGACAGUGCAGAGAACAGUGAGGAGAUGUUCCGCUCCGGCUUUCACUUGUGCGCGAAAGAGGUCCUCCAAUACGUGGCCAGCCAAGAAAGCGGCAGGGACCUGACUCCUUCCCAUUUCAUCAGCCACAUCCAAAAGGUAGCAGCCGAAGUCCUGCAGCAUCGAAGCAGCCUUCACCCAGACGAGUGCAUCCCUCAGGCUUCAGAGAAACUGAAAAAACCCGCCGGACUGCCCCAGAGGGCGAUCGAGGGCCCAGCGAAGAACUGUGUCCCUGUCAUUCAAAGGACUAAUCCUCAUGGGACGGGGGAGCAGAGCGGCAGCGACACAGACACUGACAGCGGCUAUGGGGGAGAGCAUGACAAACGUGACCCGAAAUCCCAGUGGUCAGAACGGCACGCGAAGGAGGGGGAGCUCAAGCGCGGCAUAUCCGAGAGGACGGCCGGUGCCAUCAAGCAAGAGGGCGAUGAGCCUCAGGCCAAGAAGUCGAGGUCUGAUUCCUCAGAGGACGAGAGUCUCUCUGGUCGCUCGGCGGGGAGCCCUGGCAACUACAUGAGCUUCUCCCCAAACCAGCCCCCGUUCUGUCUCCCCUUCUACCUCAUCCCCCCUACAGCUACACCGAUGGCAGCCUAUCUUCCCAUGCUGGAGAAAUGCUGGUAUUCCGGAGGCAUGCCGGUCAUGUACCCGGGCAUGAGCGGCUCCGCGGCGAGCUUAGCCCCAGAUUCGCUCCCCUCGUCUCUGGUGAUGUCCCCGAGGGCAGGGUCCCCGGUGCCCCACCAGAGCCCCAUGGACUCCCCUGCUCUCCACAAAGCUUUAAAGCAGGUGUCUCCGCUGAACUUGGAAACCAAAGACUAAACAGAUGUGUCUCUAUUGGAAUCCUCCCCUCUGAAUGUCGAUGGGGUUGAAUGGUUGGCCCGCUGAAAGAGAGGGUGAACGAACACGAAACGCACUGGUAUCCCUUCAAACCGCAGCCAUUGUUUUGGCCCAUCAGAACAUUGAUCCCGGCAAAGAGCCCCAAACGGCCGCCACCGUCUAUCAUCAGCUACUCGCACGCCGAACAGGACUUCAGUGGGCGAAUCGGAGUGUCCAUGUGAAGGCUCGUAAAUCGCCUGUCGCAUGGCUCGGAAACACUGUGAAGAUGGUCAGUUUAGAGACAAUGAGUGCGCAAGAGAUUGCAAGCUUUUUUGUUUUUUUUUCCGUUUUGUUUUUUGGCCAAGGUUCGUCUACUCUACCCUCCAUGUUGAAUGUCAGAGUUAAACCCAGAAUGUACGGCACAAAUAAGCCCCCCCCCCAAAAAAUUAUUUGGACCUACUUUUUGCACACACACACACACACACACACAACACACACACACCGGUCUGUGAUGAAUGUAAAGACUGAACUAAAGCCCCUUGUAGAUGCUGCUUGGAUUAUUUUACCUGCUGUAGAUCUAUGAAUGGAGGAUCUACCUUCAGUGUUUGUCGCUCCUGUAACUGCAACAAACCUUUGUUUAGUCUAGAAUGUUACCAAAAAAAGAAAGAAAAAAAAGAAAAAAAAAUAGUCGGCCAUUGUCGUCACAAAAGACGUUGCUCUUUUGACCCUUCAAUUACCUAGGAGCUAAUUGAACCUGAGAGCUUAUGAUGUUCGAAGAAUUCAGGGCGUUGUCACUGUACGAGGUGUGUCACCUGUGUCUCUUGAGGAGUCAUGUGGCCAUACGUGCUUUUUUAUGGUUUAAGUCGUGACUCAUGAAUAUUUGUGCAUCUAGAUGGAGUUCCUGUGAAGUCAUGUCGUGUAAUUAUCUUUGUUUAUACUGCUCGUACAUCUCUAUUUUUGAUACGUGACCCACUGAGUGUAUUUGCAUCGCUACCAGAGGAAAAGGUCGAGGUAGUCCUUUGCUGUAUGCCGAGAGAUCGUGUACAGUACGUGGCAUUGUGCUCCACCAGAUUUGCAUCGUGCCCCACAAGUUCCCGUUAACGUUAAGGCCUGCCCUUAGCUCAUGCUGUUGCCUUUACUCGUUUAACGCAGACACAACGACGGCAGGUGUUUCAGAUGUAUUUGCUUUAAAUGUCGUGUCUGUGGCGAAGAGAGUGAAUGUAAAGUUCAUACAAAAAAUAAUAGUUUUGUAUAGAAAGAGGUACUUGGAAUUUUUAUUUUGAAAUGUAACAAAAUGUUGUUUGUUGUACAUAUUUUGUAUAUAAAGUAUUAUUGAUAUAUAUUAAAAUAUUAAUAAAGCUUUUUUUUUUCCCCCUC